AUGCAUUUGGUCUGCCUGGGUGUGAUGCGGUGGAUGCUCAGAAACUGGGUGAGCAGAGGCCAGGGUCCUAGGGCAAGCAGGUUGGGCAGAUUUGAGCGCUGCAAACUUAACGAUUGUUUGCGAGAAUGUGCAAAUGCCUUUCCCAGCUGCUUCCAAAGAAAGCCAAGGGGAACAGAAGAACUGGACCGCUGGAAGGCAUCAGAAUUCCGUACAUUCCUUCUCUACGUGGGGCCUGUGGUGCUUAAAUCUGUGCUUCCAGCGUCACAGUACCAGCACUUUCUGUUGUUCCACGUGGCAAUCAGAAUACUGGUUUAUCCACAUUACCAUCUGGAAUACAACCAGUUUGCCCGUGACCUGCUGCGAUACUUUGUUCAGGAAUUUGGCAAACUGUAUGGCAGUAAGCAGCUCGUGUACAACGUGCACACCCUCAGCCAUCUUGCGGAACAGUGCUUGGUCCAUGGGCCCCUUGAUGAAUUCAGCGCCUUCCCUUUUGAGAACCACUUGGGGAAAAUGAAGAAGCUGCUGCGCUCCUCUAACAAGCCACUCGCUCAACUCAGCAGGAGGCUGUCAGAGAUGAGGCAUCUGACUCCGAAGGCACAGAAGCAAGGGCCCUGUCAACUAAAAGCAGGAGACUGUCUUUUGCUGGAUGAUGGACCGGCUGUUGUGUUGGAGGUGAAUGACAGCAGUUUUAAAGCCGCAGCCCUACAAAAUCCAAGGGACUUUUACAAAGUACCACUCCAGUCAUCCUGGCUUUGCAUAUAUAAAUGUGAUGCCGCUAGUGGUGAUGUGAAAACUUGGCGGCUUGAAGACCUUCGUGGCAAAACACAGUGCCUUAAACUGCGGCGCAAGCGCAACUACAUAGUUUUCCCUUUGUUGCACCUGCAGUGA